AUGGGACCCCAGGGCAGGGUGAUCUGCUCCCUGCUCUUCCUGCUGCGGGCCCUGGCUGAGAACUCGGAGUUCUACCUGCCUGGGGAUUACCUCCUGGGUGGCCUCUUCACCCUCCAUGCCAACAUGAAGGGCAUCGUCCAUCUCAACUUCCUGCAGGUGCCCAAGUGCAAGGAGUACGAGAUGAAGAUGCUGGGCUACAACCUCAUGCAGGCCAUGCGCUUUGCGGUGGAGGAGAUCAACAAUGACAGCAGCCUGCUGCCGGGCGUGCUGCUGGGCUACGAGAUGGUGGACACCUGCUACAUGUCCAACAACGUCCAGCCCGUGCUCUACUUCCUGUCACAGGACGACUACUUCUUGCCCAUCCAGGACGACUACAGCCACUACCUGCCCCGCGUGGUGGCCGUCAUUGGUCCUGACAACUCCGAGGCCACCAUGACCGUGGCCCACUUCCUCUCCCUCUUCCUCCUUCCCCAGAUCAGCUACAGUGCCAUCAGUGAGGACCUCAGCAACAAGCUGCAUUUCCCGGGGGUGCUGCGCACGGUGCCAGGUGCAGAUCACCAGAUCGAGGCCAUGGUGCAGCUAAUGCUGUACUUCCGCUGGAACUGGAUCAUCGUGCUGAUGAGCAGCGACGAUUACGGCCGCGACAACAGCCGGCUGCUCAGCCAACGCCUGGCGCACCAUGACAUCUGCAUCGCCUUCCAGGAGACCCUGCCCAUGACGCAGCCCAACCGGAAUAUGACGCAGCUGGAGCGCGAGCGCCUGGAGGCCAUCGUGGGCAAGCUGCGGCGGAGCACCGCGCGCGUGGUGGUCGUGUUCUCCCCAGACCUGUCCCUGUACAACUUCUUCCGCGAGGUGCUGCGCCAGAACUUCACCGGCACCGUGUGGAUCGCGUCCGAGUCCUGGGCCAUCGACCUCGUCCUGCACAAUGUCACCGAGCUGCAGCGCACGGGCACCUUCCUGGGCAUCGCCACCCAGGCUGUGUCUGUCCCGGGCUUCAGCGAGUUCCGCGUGCGCCGCUCUCAGGGUGUGCGGCCCGCGCUCAACAGGAGCAGCCAGGGGGCCACCUGCAAUCAGGAAUGUGACUCCUGCAUGAACACCACCGAGUCCUUCAACACCAUGCUCACGCUCUCGGGCGAGCGCACGGUCUUCAGCGUGUACUCCGCAGUCUACGUGGUGGCCCACGCGCUCCACAACCUCCUGGGCUGCAACCAGAUCAGCUGCCGAAAGGAGGUGGUGUAUCCUUGGCAGCUGCUUCCAGAGAUUCGGAAGGUCAACUUCACCCUUCUGGGCCACCAGAUCUCCUUCAACCAGCAGGGGGACAUGUCCAUACAACUGGAGGUCAUCCAGUGGCUGUGGGACCUGAGGCAGAACCCUUUCCAGAGUGUCGCCUCCUACUACCCAUUGAAGCGGAAGCUGAAGCGCAUCCGAGACAUCUCCUGGCACACCCCCAACAAUACGGUCCCUGUGUCUAUGUGUUCCAAAGACUGCCAGCCUGGGCAAAAGAAGAAGCCAGUGGGCACCCACCCCUGCUGCUUUGAGUGCAUUGACUGUCUCCCUGGCACCUUCCUCAACCGAACUGCAGAUGAAUAUGAAUGCCAGCCCUGCCUGAGUUACCAGUGGUCCCACAAGAAUGACACCUCCUGCUUCAAGAGGCGCCUGGCCUUCCUCGAAUGGCGUGAGGCACCCACCAUCGUCGUGGCCAUGCUGGCUGCCCUGGGCUUCCUCAGCACCCUGGCCAUCGCCAUCGUCUUCUGGAGGCACUUGCAGACGCCCAUAGUUCGCUCGGCGGGGGGGCCCAUGUGCUUCCUGAUGCUGACGCCGCUGCUGAUGGCCUACACGGUGACCCCCGUGUAUGUAGGGCUGCCCACCGUCUCCACGUGCCUCUGCCGCCAGGCCUUCUUCACCAUCUGCUUCACCAUCUGCAUCUCCUGUAUCACGGUGCGCUCUUUCCAGAUCGUCUGCAUCUUCAAGAUGGCCAGCCGCCUCCCGAGCGCCUACCGCUACUGGGUCCGCUACCACGGGCCUUAUGUCUUCGUGGCAUCCAUCACGGUGCUCAAGGUGGUCAUUGUGGGGAGCGGCAUCCUGGCCACCACCCCCAACCCCACUGCCCGCGCUGACCCCGAUGACCCCAGCAUCAUGAUCCUGUCCUGCAGCCCCAACUACCACCAGGGACUGCUGAUCAACACCAGCCUGGACCUGUUCCUCUCCGUGCUGGGCUUUGGCUUUGCCUACGUCGGCAAGGAGCUGCCCACCAACUACAACGAGGCCAAGUUCAUCACCUUCUGCAUGACCUUAUACUUCACCUCCUCCGUCUUCCUCUGCACCUUCAUGUCGGUCUACGAGGGGGUGCUGGUUACCAUCCUGGACCUCUUGGUCACGGUGCUCAACCUCAUGGGCAUCAGCCUGGGCUACUUCGGCCCCAAGUGCUACAUGAUUCUCUUCUACCCGGAGCGCAACACGCAAGCUUACUUCAACAGCGUGAUCCAGGGCUACACCAUGAGGAGGGACUAGCCCUCCUAUCAGCUGCCCAGUGGGACGAGGGCCUCAGCUCUGGGAGAUGGAGGCCAGGG